AUGAAUGGUGCAGAUAAUGAGUACUUUAUCUCACCAUCUACUUCGCCAAGUCAUCAGCAAGUUGAUUUAAGUAAUUCGAAUAUAGAUAUGAAUACAAGUUCAGUCCAAUCUAAUCAACAUCAAUAUCAAGACCAGGAAAGUUUGGAUGCUGUUCGUGAAAUUUCAUAUGAAGACUCGGGUAUCAAUCACGAACCGAAACUUAUUUUGAUUGAUGAAAAUUCUUUAAAAACUGCACUACAGAUUUUGGGCACAAUUCAACAAGAUAUAAAAGUUUUAAAUGAUGCUGUUUUAACAGAUAAUCCAAUGAAUAAAACUUCAGGUUUUUUAAUCAAUAAAAUCGCAUCCAAGGAAGAUUUAAACAUUCUUGUUCACCAACUUGAGGACGAAAACAAGAAAUUGAAAUUGAUUAAUAUACUUAAGCUGAAAGGUGGAAUGAGUGGCUUUCACGACGACAUAAAUGCAAAAGUUGCAACAAUCAUAUAUUUUUUUUUCGAUAAAGAAAUCCUAAAGAAAAUGAAUUGGGGAGCAAAAAAUGGUGUUCCUCGAUCAGACCAAUUAUGCCUCAUUGAUUUUCCAAUAAUUAUGGAAAUUAUGAGAGCAGUUUUGUCUAAAGAAAAUGAAAAAGGAGAAGCAAUGGUUGUUGAUGAGGUGAAGUUGAGAACUGCUAUUCAAAAUGUCUUCAAGAAUCACAUCCACAAAAAAAAGCAUCAAUAAGUUUUAAUUUAAGCUCUUUCUGCAUAUGUAUUUUUUUUUUGUUAAAUAGAAAAUGCUUCAUUCUUCUUCAAAUAAAUUAAACUUCAUAAUCGACUUUAAAAAUGACAUAUAAAUUAAAUUCAAAGCUCCAC